AUGAUGCUUGUUGCUAAUUCAUGCUUCGCUGGAAUCUUAUUUGGAUUUCUUAUAUUUAGUGUCCGUCUAUUUACACUUGAAAAUGAUCUCAAACAAAUUGCAUAUAAAGAUUUCCUUUGUAGUUUGCGAGGAUAUGUUGGUUAUGCAAUAUGCUCAAUACAGAAUUGUUCUUAUUUAUUACAAUCAAUCUAUCGAUUUGUGAGUGUUGUUUAUCCAACUCAUUUAUUUUAUCAAUCAGCAAGAUUUCAAUUAUUUCUUAUCUGUUUAACAUGGGUCUUUGGUUUUCUAUAUCCUAUUGCAUUUCUAUUUACUGGUGAAAUUAUUUACAAUGUUGAUAAUCAAAUAUGUCAAUUAGCUCUUCGACUUUCUUUCUCAAUUAUUUACAUGGCUAAUUGUGCAUAUAUAAUUCCAGUGUCAGUGACAAUGUUCAUAUAUUUGAUACUAGUUCGUUAUGUUCAUCGUAUGAAUAAACAUGUGACACCAAUGAAUAGAUUAGCUCGAGCACAACGAGAAUUAAAAAUGGCCCGACGUCUAUUCAUACUCGUAACAAUUCUGUUUAUACUUUGUUUUCCUUAUGCAAUGUUUAUUUUAAUGUCGUUUUUUUGGAGUAUACCAAAAUAUCAUUUUCGUAUAGCAUAUGUAUUUAUUGAUGUAUCAUAUGUGUUUGUAAUAAUUGCAUUAUUUCAAUUUACAGAUCCACUUAAAAUGUCGAUAAUGAAAAGAAUAAAUCGACGAUCAAAUGUAGUAGUAGCAACGAUUACGUAA